UUCUUUUUUUUUUUAACUGUUUUUUAGUGUUCAAAGCACGUAUGAAGUUGAACAUUCCGUGAUUCCGUGCUAAAACCACCGACGGAGCUGCGUGAAUAAAGUCAGGGCCAGCUGGCGAACAAACGCAAACAAGCCAUCAUAAGGCGUCUUAUCUGCGUCUAGUGCGUACCUCUCAUUUCGUUUUUUCGACAGAAGACGAAAGGAAAAGAUGAACCUGAGACUUCGUGGAUGUGUUUGCGUCGGUCGGACUCUGCUUUCGACUUUCGGGGAGUCUAGGAGACGAUCCUUGCUGCUGAGCCGUCGAAGCAUGUCGUACAACUUCGAGACGCUUGCUGUUUCGACACCCGCCGACCAUGUCUUUCACGUCGAGAUAAACAGGCCGGAAAAAAUGAACGCCAUGAACGCCGCAUUCUGGGAAGAACUUCCGAAGUGCUUCCAGCAACUUCACAACGACAAGAAGUGCCGGGUCGUCGUCAUCUCGGGUGCUGGCAAGAUGUUUACCGCUGGGCUUGACUUCAAAAGCAUGAUGAACGAAUUUAUGCAACAGAACACUGGAAACGGUGAGGACCCAGACGUGGCGAGAAAGGCGCGCCACUUGUACAAUGUGAUCACCACCUUCCAGGGAACCUUCACUUCAAUGGAGAAGUGCAGCAAGCCUGUGAUAGCAGCCGUUCACAACGGCUGCAUCGGCGGUGGUGUUAACCUGAUCACAGCUUGCGACAUGCGCUACUGUACCAGUGAUGCCUACUUCCAAAUCAAGGAGGUUGAGCUGGGCCUGGCGGCAGACGUGGGAGUGCUCCAGCGGCUACCCCGGGUCAUCGGGAACAGGAGCCUAGUGAGCGAGCUCGUCUUCACUGGACGCAGGAUGGAGGCCGCCGAAGCCAGAGAGGCUGGCCUGGUGAGCCGCAUCUUUCCCGACAAGGCUCAGAUGCUGUCGGCGGCGGUGGCGGUGGCCAAGGAGAUUGCUUCCAAGAGCCCUGUGGCCGUGCAGGGGAGCAAGGUCAACCUGGUCUUCUCCAGGGACCACGGCGUUGACGAGGCACUUCAUUUCAUGGCCUGUUGGAAUAUGUCCAUGCUGCAGUCUGAGGACGUUGUGAAAUCUGUUAUGGCGCUCAUGGAGAAGGCAAAGGAGCCACCGAAGUUUGCAAACCUCUAAUUUUUAUCUACGUACAUAUGUAUGAGAGAGUGCUAGACAUCGGGUCACCUGGUCAAUAAGGCUGACACCGGCACAGCACCUUGGUACUAGAUGUUUUUGUACAUGCCUAUGGAUCGUUGAAACAAAAAUAUAUAUUUAAAGAAAAUAGG